AUGAGUCAAACAUCUGUGAAACAGAAAAAGAAGAAUGAGACCGGAGUGAGGAACUCAAAAGAGAGUCUAGAUGGAGAACAAAGAAAGGAUUCUGACAAACCGGGAGUUCGUCUGAACACUCAGAUGAAGCGUGCAGUCAAUCCGAAUCACUCGCUGAGAUGUUGCCCCAUGCGGGGUCACUCGUCGUGUAGACACUGCCUUUGUGCAGCUUUGGGAACAGUCCUUGGCCCCUGCCGCACAUUACAUAUUUACAUUCACAUGUGCCUGUUGUGGGAGCAGGGCCAGCAGAUCACCAUGAUCAGGGUGAGCAGAGAUCAUACUACUGAUUUUGGAGGGGAGUCUCAGGCAAUCUGGGGAUCACAAGAAUUAUUGACAAAGACUGAUUCUCGGGGGUACCUCGUGCGAAAUCAAUGGUCCCGAACAUCCCGAACCCCAUCCAUCAAGGCUGCAUCAGAAGAGCCAAGAAGCAAGAACAACAGUGUUAAGCUCCCCAACAGCUCCACGACCUCCCGGACUUCAUCCACCUCCCCCAGCCAGCAUGACUCGCCUCCGCCCACCCCGGCCCGGCAGUCCAAACCCAACCAGCAGUCCCUGCCAUUCGACUCACGGCCUCCCACGCCCCCGGAGCCCGAGCCCAGCACCCGGCGGCCCAGCACCAAGACUAAGGAGACUCCGGAGUCCCGGACGCAGAGCAUCAUGCGGACCUCACAGCAGCGGGAUUAUACGCUCACGGCCCCCACAGAGUGGAAGUCCUACUCCCAGCGCAGGAUGUUCUACCCCUCCGCCCCCCAGCUGGAAGCCGACUGUAUGUCCCAGCAGCAGCAGGAGGCGGAAACGGAGGAAGAGAAAGACGAUGAGGAAGCCUACUGGGAGUCCUUGAAGAAGUUCUACGAGAAGGUCCCGAGCUGCUCGCGCCCCCGGCCGCCCAAACCCAAGCACGCCGUCACCAUCGCGGUCUCCUCCCGCGCGCUCUUCAACAUGGUGGAUGCCAGGAAAGUCUACGAGGAAGAGGGCCUGGAGAAGUACAUGGAGUAUCAGCUCAACAACGAGAACGUCAUCCUGACCCCGGGGCCCGCAUUCCGCUUCGUCAAGGCACUGCAGCAUGUCAAUUCUAGACUCCGUGAGCUGUAUCCCAAUGAACAGGACUUAUUUGAUAUUGUACUGAUGACUAAUAACCAUGCCCAAGUGGGAGUGCGGCUUAUAAACAGCGUCAAUCACUAUGGCUUACUGAUUGACCGCUUCUGUCUGACUGGUGGGAAGAGCCCUAUUGGCUAUUUGAAAGCCUAUCUUACCAACUUGUAUCUUUCUGCGGACUCUGAAAAAGUACAAGAAGCAAUACAAGAAGGUAUCGCCUCUGCAACAAUGUUUGAUGGAGCCAAAGACAUGGCUUACUGUGACACCCAGCUCCGUGUGGCUUUUGAUGGGGAUGCUGUCCUUUUCUCUGAUGAGUCUGACCAUAUUGCCACAAAGCAUGGGCUGGACAAGUUCUUUCAACACGAAUCACUAUUUGAGAAUAAGCCUCUUGCUCAGGGUCCCUUGAAAGGCUUUCUGGAAGAUUUAGGCAGACUGCAAAAGAAGUUUUAUGCCAAAAAUGAACGGUUACUUUGUCCCAUCAGGACCUACCUGGUAACAGCAAGGAGUGCAGCCAGUUCAGGUGCCCGUGUGCUGAAGACCCUUCGCCGCUGGGGUCUAGAGAUAGAUGAAGCUCUUUUCCUUGCUGGAGCUCCCAAAGGUCCCAUCUUGGUGAAGAUCCGGCCCCACAUCUUCUUUGAUGACCACAUGUUCCACAUUGAAGGGGCACAGAAAUUAGGCACCGUUACAGCUCAUGUACCUUUUGGCUAUGGUCAAAAAUUCAAUACUUAGGGACAGGGAGGAGAAAUAAAGCAGUGAC